CCACAUCAGAGCCGGCCUUUCACGUGAGGGCCUGGAACACCUCGUGGAAUGUUCUAGAAAAAUCUACCUGGGAACUUGUUGUGUGACAGCUUGAAGACAUGUCUGAACCAAUGGACACAAUAGAUCCUGCUCAGGCUGAGGAGCUGAAGAAGAAGGGAAAUGAUGCAAUGAAGCGGGGACAGUUGGAGGAGGCAAUCCAGCUGUACACUCAAGCCAUUCAAAAAGACCCUAGUAACCAUGUCCUCUAUAGCAACCGAAGUGCAGCGUACAUGAAACAGGAGAAAUACAACGAAGCUUUGGAAGACGCCAACGCUACCAUAAAGAUAAAGCCAGACUGGGCCAAGGGUUACUCUCGGAAAGGUGCUGCUCUGAUAAGCAUGGAACAACCAGACAAAGCAGAAGAGGCUUAUAGCGAGGGACUGAGACUGGACCCCAACAACCAGGACGCUAAGGCAGCACUCAACAAAUUACAGCAGGAUCAGCGUGACUUUUCCAAUCCUUUUUCUGGCCCGGAUAUUGAGCGGAGGCUGAUGGCCAAUGAGAAGACGCGGGCCUUUCUCCAGGACCCAGAGUUCAAGAGGAAGCUGAUAGAGUUGGGAAAGGAUCCCAAGAACCUCAUGUCCAACAUGCAAGACCACCGAGUGAUGGAGGCUCUAGCGGUCCUCCUGGAGAUAGACCUCAAAAAAGCUGCUGUCACAGACCUCACACACACACGCACCACCUGUUCAGAACUACCGCCUGACCCAUUUUGCGCCAAACGUGAGGAUGAUGAGAACUCAGGAGACGAGAAAAAGGAGGAAACAAAAAGUAAAACUAGUGGCACUGGUAAUGUCACAUCCACUGAUGCAAAGGCAAAGGACACUAAAGAUGAGGCACUCGGAGAGAAGGAGAAGGGCAAUGCAGCAUACAAGAAGAAGGACUUUGUCACUGCACUGGCUCACUACGACCGUGCUAUUGAGCUGGACCCCACCAACUUCACCUUCCUCACCAACAAAGCAGCCGUGUACUUUGAGCAGGAGGAGUGGGAGCUGUGCAUCAAGACGUGUGAGGAGGUGGUGGAGAAGGGGAGGGACGCUAGGGCAGACUACAAAGUCAUCUCAAAAGCUCUGGCUCGUAUCGGGAAUGUUCACUUCAAACAGGGGAAGCUGGAGGAGUCCAUCAAGUUCUAUGACCACUCCCUGGCCGAGCACAGGAGCCCAGACGUUGUCAAGAAGAAGAGUGAGGCACAGAAAAGAAUCAAGGAAGCUCAGAGGAAGGCGUACAUUGACCCCGAGCUGGCACUGCAAGAGAAGGAGAAGGGAAACAACUUCUUUAAGAAAGCUGACUACCCCAGCGCCAUGAAGCACUACAACGAGGCUAUAAAGAGAGACCCUGAGAACCCCAUUAUCUAUAGCAACCGAGCCGGCUGUUUUCAGAAGCUUCUCGAGUUUUCUCUGGCGUUAAAGGACUGUGAGGAGUGUAUUCGUCUGGACCCUAACUUCGUGAAAGGUCAUAUCAGGAAGGGGUAUGCGCUGCUUGCAAUGAGGGACACAGUGAAGGCUAUGCAAGCUUUCCAACGUGCUCUGGAGCUUGACCCAAACCAUGCCGAAGCCAGAACGGGGCUACAGAAGUGCAGCGCUCAGGACGACCCAGAGUCUAGACGUAAGGCUGCUCUACAGGACCCUGAGGUAGAGGCCAUCUUGCGAGACCCUGCCAUGCAGAUGGUGUUGCAACAAAUGCAGAAAAACCCUGAGGCACUGAGAGAGCAUCUCCUGGAUCCGACCAUUUCAGCAAAGAUACAGAAAUUAAUUGAGUCCGGAUUUAUCAGUUUGCGCUGACGAGACAAUUUUAUUGCCACCUAGUUGUGUGUUAUAAUUAUCUUUUCUGCUGAUUGAACUUUCUUUACCCAGCUGUGCUGUUAAUUGAUGUGUGUCAUUAUUUAAAUAGUUGCUACAUGUAUAAAAAUAAAUAUGAAUUUUCCAUCUCAA